AUGGCUGACCCUCUCCAGGGCCCGCCUGAGCCCCUGCAAGGGUUUUGCCAGCGCCGGCUCAACAGCGGCACCUGCUGCCCGGGGCUCUCCCUGCGGGGCGGAGCACCCCCUCCGCCCUGGGAGCCCAGCGGGACGCCAGCCGAGGGUCCUCUGUGGGCCAGCCCUGGACCAGCCCAAGUCCAGCGCAGGGGGGAAAAGAAGGAUCAAAACUUCAAGGCUCCUGGUUUGGGGGACAUGGGUUUGAUCCCUGGUCCAGGAAGAUUCCACAUGCCGUGGCGCAACCGAGCCUGGGCAUCACAGCUCCUGAGCCCUCACAGCCUGAAGCCAGUGCCCUGCAACAAGAGAAGCCACUGCACUGAGACGCCCACACACCAAGAGAAGCCCCCAGUCGCUGCAACUCGAGAAGGUCCACGUGCAGCCAUGAAGAGCCGGCACAGACAAAAAUUAAAAAUAAAUGAAUAA